GUAUCAUCCAUGGCGGAAGCAAGAGAUAUUUCAUGUUAAAGACGUUGACGAUCUCACAACGCUGCCACCAUGCCAGGGAAAAGUCCCAGGAAGAAGGACCUGUACCUGGGGAAGAACAUGGCCGACCUCAACAAGCUGGGCGAGUGUAAAGACCUGGGGAACAAUGUAACAAUCAUCAUUAAGUCUGCAGACAAGACAUUUCGUGAAGCUGUGCACCAAGAUGAACUCUCGGACGAAGAGCGAGCUUUCGUCCUGUACAUGCGGUACUUCAAUGUCAUACAGAUUGCCAAGAAGAAGGCUGAGUACAUCAAACAAAAGGAGUACUUUGACAACCUUAUUGGGAAGAAGAACCAGCUUCACGCCAUAGAGAGAGCAGAGAUGCUGGCCAAGAGCCUGAAAGAAAGAUAUGACCUUAUUGAGGCAGAGGCGGUGGCGAAGAAGCUGGAAGCUCUGGAUGAGAAGAAGAGAGAGGAGAAGAAAGAUGCAGAGAAGGGUGCCGAUGAGGAGAAAGGGGAUGACAAGGAAAAUGGCUCACCAACAGUUCAACCAGUGACAGCUCCAGGCAGCAUCUCCCCGAUGGAACUGUUCACACUGCUCAACGACCGGGAAACACAGCUCAUUCUGAUGGACGUCCGCUCCGAGGAGGACUACGCCGACUCACACAUCAGCCACAAGGCCUGUGUCAGUGUGCCUGCCCGGAUACUAGAACCAGGAACCACUGUCAACUACAUCAGUAACGCAUUGCCAGAGGCUUCCAGGUCGCUAUGGAAAAAGCGUGGUCAAGUCGAUCAUGUUAUUCUGCUAGACUGGCGAUCUACCUCACAACAGGUCACUAUUGGAUCCACUCUGAGGACACUGAAGGAUGCCUUAUUCAAGUACGACGCCACGGUGAUCCUGAAGAGCGAGCCCCUGGUGCUGGAGGGAGGCUAUGAGCAGUGGCUGUUGUACUACCCCACCGUCACCACCAACCCCCACAUCCUGUGCCCCGCCCGCCCCGAGGACUUCAUCACAUCAUCUGCGUUGGAUUUUGAUUACCCUGACUUUGAUGAACCCUCCAAUGAAAAACAACCACUGAACAACCAAUCAGGAGCCUCUAUCCCACCUCAAGCAGCCAAUGCGACGUCACAGCCUGGACUGCCUUCUGUAGAUCGCUCACUUAAACCAAAACCGGUCACAAGAUCUGUCAACGACACGCCCCUAAAUAACAAGACCUCAGAAUCCAAAAUUACGAACAAUCUCAAAAACACAAACACUGACCCACAGGGGGAUAAACUUGAUGGUUUUAAGAUCAUUUCAAAUUCACUUUAUCCCAAUGUUGGGCAAAUGGUUGCUAAAAACAUUGCAAGAAGUAGCUCAAGAACCGAUGCAAGUGUUGCGUCAGUGGACGUGAAAGCCAAGAUCGAGAACAGCGAUGUGGACACGGAGCUUGUGGAGCUGACAGCCAUAAAGAGGAAGAAGGAGGAGGAACUGCAUGACUUCAAGUCGGAGCGGAAGCGGAUGGCGGCGGAGCACAAGGCGCGGACGGCAAAGUUGGAGGAAGAGGAGGAGAAGUUGCGGCAGCUGGAGACGUUGCGGAGGAAGGAGGAGAAGGACGUGGUGGAGCUGAUGCGGCUGAAGAGGAACCUGCAGGAGGAGAUGAAGAAGGAGCAGAUCAAGCAGGAUGGAGAGAAUAAACUGAAGGAGGAAGAGGAGAGGAAGAGAUUGGUGGAGCUGGAGCAGGUGCGGAAACUGGAAGAAGACAAGAAACGUCGCCAGGACGAUGUGGAGAGACUCCGACGAGAACGACGCAAAAAGGAAGACGACAAACGAGCCAAAGAUCAGGAGGUGAAGGACAACAUCCUGCGCGAAGCUGCGGAAGCUGCCAGACAAGAGGAGGAGCAGCGCAGACAGGACGCUGCCGCCGCUGCUGCCAAGAGAGCCGAGGAGGAGAGACAAGAGGCAGAGAAAGAGAAGAAAGAAGAGGAGAGGAAGAAGAGAGAAGAGAUGAAAAUACAACAGCUGAAGAAGGAGAAACAAGAACAAGAGCAGAAGCUGAAGGAGCAGCGAGAGCGUGAGGAGAAGAUGAAAGCCGACGAGGAGUUGGCGGAGCGGCUGAAACACGAGGAGGCAGAGAGAGCCAAGGCUGAGAAGGAUCAGAAAAUGGCUGCCGCGGAGAAGGCUCGGGCUGAAGAAGCUCGGAGGAUAGCAGAGGAGAAAAUGAAGAAAGUCAAUGAGCCGAAGCCCCAGUGGAAGCAGGUCCCGUCCAACAACCUGCCUGUGGGGUGGGAGAAAAGGCUGGACAAAAGCACCAACAGAUACUUCUACAUCAACCACAACGUCGGCACAACGCAGUGGGAGCCGCCCGUCAACGCUCAGCCAGCUUCUACAGCAGGUACGUUCACCACCAAGCUGAAAGAGGAGCCUGCCCAGUCGUCCAGGGGCCUGAGUCGAUCCUUCUCAUCUCCUGACAUCAUGAAACAGCUAGUUGAAGAAGGAGACAAGCCGUUCCAUAUGCCCAAUAUUGACCGUGCCAGCAAACCCUUACAGAGAUUUGAGCCUCCGGUCAGUAAGCCGGUCCAGAGGCAGUAUGUGGUGAAGAGGCGAGACCUCAACCCCGUCUACGGCAGUGUGGGUCCUGCGUUGACCGGUCUGCGUAACCUUGGCAACACGUGUUACAUGAACUCCACCAUCCAGUGCCUCAAUAACUGUACUCCACUCGUAGCCUACUUCCUUAACGACUUGUACCUGAACGACAUCAACAGGGAGAGCUCAGAAGGCAUGCAUGGUGAGAUGGUGGACGACUAUGCUAUUGUCCUGAAGGCAUUGUGGAAAGGCCAGUACAGAUGCAUCACGCCCAGAGAUCUGAAGAACACAGUAGGGAAGUACAACCCCAUGUUUGCCGGGUACCAGCAGCAGGACUCGCAGGAGUUCCUCACCUUCCUCCUGGAUGGACUCCACGAGGGGCUGAACGAGGUGAAAGUUCGACCCAAGAUACGAGAGCAGGAGAACGACCAUCUGCCGGACAACCGGGCAGCAGAGCUGGCCUGGCAAGACCACAAACGUCUGCACAAGUCCAUCAUUGUUGAACUCUUCCAGGGCCAGUUGAAGUCCACGCUGCAGUGUAAACACUGUGGCAAGAAGUCAGUGACGUUCCAGGCGUUCAUGUUUCUCUCUCUGCCUCUCCCACCACAGUCCAAGUGUUCUCUACGGGAGUGUAUCCAGAAGUUCAUCAGCCCGGAGAUGAUGACAGGCAGCUGUAAGUGGAAGUGCCCCAAGUGUCGCGUCGAGAGAGAUGCUGUCAAGAAAAUCGACAUCUGGAAGCUUCCUCCCAUUCUGCUCAUCGGUCUCAACAGAUUUGUGAGUGACGGGAUGUGGACCCAGAAAUCGACGAGCUACGUGGACUUCCCCGUGGGAGACCUGGACAUGCGAGAAUACGUCAGUGACCCCAAGUCCACCACGAAGUACAACCUGUAUGGCAUCUCGAAUCACUAUGGAACCAUGGAAGGAGGCCACUACACAGCGUACUGUCGGAACCCCUGCACCAAGAAAUGGUACAAAUACGAUGACCACGAGGUGUACGAAAUGUCAAGUUCCAAUGUCAAGACAUCGGCCGCCUUUGUACUGUACUACACGUCCAUAGAGCUGACAGCACCUAAAUACAGCCCUCAGCUGUAGAGCUGACAGCACCUAAAUACAGCCCUCAGCUGUAGAGCUGACAGCACCUAAAUACAGCCCUCAGCUGUAGAGCUGACAGCACCUAAAUACAGCCCUCAGCUGUAGAGCUGACAGCACCUAAAUACAGCCCUCAGCUGUAGAGCUGACAGCACCUAAAUACAGCCCUCAGCUGUAGAGCUGACAGCACCUAAAUACAGCCCUCAGCUGUAGAGCUGACAGCACCUAAAUACAGCCCUCAGCUGUAGAGCUGACAGCACCUAAAUACAGCCCCCAGCUGUAGAGCUGACAGCACCUAAAUACAGCCCUCAGCUGUAGAGCUGACAGCACCUAAAUACAGCCCUCAGCUGUAGAGCUGACAGCACCUAAAUACAGCCCUCAGCUGUAGAGCUGACAGCACCUAAAUACAGCCCUCAGCUGUAGAGCUGACAGCACCUAAAUACAGCCCUCAGCUGUAGAGCUGACAGCACCUAAAUACAGCCCCCAGCUGUAGAGCUGACAGCACCUAAAUACAGCCCUCAGCUGUAGAGCUGACAGCACCUAAAUACAGCCCUCAGCUGUAGAGCUGACAGCACCUAAAUACAGCCCUCAGCUGUAGAGCUGACAGCACCUAAAUACAGCCCCCAGCUGUAGAGCUGACAGCACCUAAAUACAGCCCUCAGCUGUAGAGCUGACAGCACCUAAAUACAGCCCUCAGCUGUAGAGCUGACAGCACCUAAAUACAGCCCUCAGCUGUAGAGCUGACAGCACCUAAAUACAGCCCUCAGCUGUAGAGCUGACAGCACCUAAAUACAGCCCCCAGCUGUAGAGCUGACAGCACCUAAAUACAGCCCUCAGCUGUAGAGCUGACAGCACCUAAAUACAGCCCUCAGCUGUAGAGCUGACAGCACCUAAAUACAGCCCUCAGCUGUAGAGCUGACAGCACCUAAAUACAGCCCUCAGCUGUAGAGCUGACAGCACCUAAAUACAGCCCUCAGCUGUAGAGCUGACAGCACCUAAAUACAGCCCCCAGCUGUAGAGCUGACAGCACCUAAAUACAGCCCCCAGCUGUAGAGCUGACAGCACCUAAAUACAGCCCCCAGCUGUAGAGCUGACAGCACCUAAAUACAGCCCUCAGCUGUAGAGCUGACAGCACCUAAAUACAGCCCUCAGCUGUAGAGCUGACAGCACCUAAAUACAGCCUUCAGCUGUAGAGCUGACAGCACCUAAAUACAGCCCUCAGCUGUAGAGCUGACAGCACCUAAAUACAGCCCUCAGCUGUAGAGCUGACAGCACCUAAAUACAGCCCUCAGCUGUAGAGCUGACAGCACCUAAAUACAGCCCUCAGCUGUAGAGCUGACAGCAUCUGAAUACAGCCCACAGCUGUAGAGCUGACAGCACCUAAAUACAGCCCUCAGCUGUAGAGCUGACAGCAUCUGAAUACAGCCCCAAUCUGUAGAGCCAACAGCC